AAAACCUAAAUCUAAGAAAAGAACAGCUUCGAAGGGAAAGAAAAAAUCAUUCGCAAAUAGAGUAAAGGACAUAUUUGAAAUCAACUAAAGAAUGUCUGUAUUUAAUGAGGAAAAGUUUAAAGAAGGACUUGUGUCGGAGUUAGCUUUGUUCGAUUUACCUAGCACACAAACGAGGUGUGAAUGAUAUUUACUACGAUGAAAUUCGGCCACUAUCUCCAGGUGUCGGGCGAUAGCCCUUUCGAGUUUAAGAUCAGCGGACAAAACUCUAUGGAUUAUCUCGACUUGAAAAAUUCACAAAUCUAUGUGCGACUAAAGGUAGAAAAGUCAGAUGGGACGGCUCUCACGGAUGUAAAGGUGGAAAAGGUAGGACCCGCAAACCUGUUUCUUCAAGCGUUGUUUUCAACGACAGAAGUCACUUUGCAGAACAAAGCCACCAUCACGUGUAAUUACAACCCGUACAGAGCUUACAUGCAAACCCUUCUUAACUACGGAUCAGACGCGAUUACCAGUCAACUAGAUACACAACUCUUUAUCAGAGACGAUGAUGAUUCACCAGGUACGACAGAUCCUAAUGGAAACAACAAUGGACUAUUUGUGAGAGCACAAGCCAUCUCUCAAUCAAAAACAGUCGACUUACAAGGGCCUAUUUUUAACGAUUUGUUUUCUAUGGAGAGAUAUUUACUGAAUCAAGUAGAUGUAAAAGUGAAGCUAUACAGAAGCCCACCAGAAUUUUGUCUGCUCACGGGAGAUGAUACCCAAUACAACGUGAAAAUCGAAGAUAUUUACAUCCUCGCUAAAAAAAUAAGAGUCAACCCCGCCGUAAUCUACGGACACUCAAAAAUUUUGGAGAAGCAAAAUGCACUAUACCCAUACGACAAAGUUGAGGUGAGAUCAGUGAGCAUGUCUACUGGUUUGACCAACUAUAGCUGGGAAAACAUGUUUCAAGGCAGACGCCCUAACAAAAUUGUCUUAGGAUUUGUUAAAAGCAGAGCUCUAAGCGGUGAUUACAAGACCAACCCUUUCAACUUCGAGAAUUGCUCCAUUCAACAAAUUGCCGUAUACUGUGACGGGUUACCCAUUGGAGGAAAUCCUUUGAAGUUAGAUUUCGAUAAGGUCGGAGGUACUGCUUUUAUGCGCGCCUACACCAAUUUGCUUCUGGCUAGCGGAAAGUGGAGACAGGACGAAGGCAAUCUCCUAGACAGGAAGCACUAUUUAAGCGGUUCAACCUUGUUCGUGUUCCAGUUGGAGCCAAAUUUUUCACACCACGGUGAAUAUCUGUCUCUUGUGAAGACGGGGAACGUGCGGUUAGAUGUGGUCUUCAAGACGCCAUUAUCAGAACCUAUAAGCUGCAUUGCUUACAGCGAGGGACCUGGCUAUUUUGAAAUAAACCGAGAAAGAGAUAUCAUUAUCUCAUAAAUGAAUACAUCACAGCUGGAAUGUAUCAUUGAUUGUGAUCCCGUUUUAAAUGGACGAAUCAUUGGCGUAUUCGCUGCGGAUAAAUUACCUAGACAACUUCCAAGAACACCAUAUGGAUUUAUCGCUAACACGCACAUUCACACAAAACCAGGACAGCAUUGGUGCGCCUUUUUCAGCGAUGCUAAAGGACGUGUGGAAUUUUUUGACACUUAUGGUAGAACGCCGAAUCGAAAUAGUCAUUAUUUUCAACAAUGGAUAGAGAUGAAGGCAUACAGUUUACAGUUAAAUCAUGUUCAAAUUCAGGGUGAUCACUCAUUAUUAUGUGGACUGUAUUGUAUAUUGUUUCUCCACCAAAGACUCCUUGGAUAUACAUUUCAAGACAUAAUAAAUGGAUUUGAUGUAUAUGCUUUAGAUUCUAAUGAUAAGUACGUGGCUGAUACGAUGCUUCAUGCGUACUCCCACUGUAUUGGAAAUGACCAUUAUAAUCAGACCUGUAGCUUUUUUUAUAAAAGAUGUUUUUAGUUCUUUAGUGUAUAGUUGUGUAUAAAAAAUAAAUAGAAAGAAACAUCAGUUA